AUGAUGGCUCAAAACAGGAAGGCGGUGGACUGGAUCAAGACAAAAUGUGGGACGAAAAAGAUGUUCUCACACGCCGCCACCCGCACCACGACCACUCUGGUCUCCCGCCGUGCUUUCCAUGCCACACGGGCUCGCAUGUCCUCGCCUUACCACUACCCCGAGGGUCCCUACACCAACCUUCCCUUCAACCCCCACAGCAAGUGGUUCGGUAUCGGCUACUGGGGCUUCAUGGCCACCGGCUUCCUCGCCCCCUUCGGCAUUGCCGUUGUGGCAGUCUACCAAACCUACAAAUCCGACCCUUAA